ACAGUUUGCAACAGAUCUUGUCUUGUUACCAAAGAAAACUCCAUUCUCUUUGAUCAUCAACUAAUGUCAGGGAUGGAACGGUUACAGCGGAUGUUCGCCGGGGCCGGCGGCGCGUUAGGCCACCCGCCACCGGACUCUCCGACUCUCGACACCUCUGAGCAAGUCUACAUCUCUUCUCUAGCCCUUCUCAAGAUGCUUAAACAUGGCAGAGCUGGAGUGCCUAUGGAAGUUAUGGGAUUGAUGCUUGGGGAAUUUGUUGAUGAGUAUACGGUUCGGGUGGUCGAUGUUUUCGCUAUGCCGCAGAGUGGUACUGGUGUUAGUGUUGAGGCUGUGGAUCAUGUUUUUCAGACUAAUAUGCUUGAUAUGCUUAAACAAACUGGAAGACCAGAGAUGGUGGUUGGCUGGUACCAUUCUCAUCCUGGAUUCGGUUGUUGGUUAUCCGGAGUUGACAUCAACACGCAACAGAGUUUUGAAGCUCUGAAUCAAAGAGCGGUUGCAGUGGUGGUGGAUCCGAUCCAGAGUGUCAAAGGGAAGGUCGUGAUAGACGCCUUCCGUCUUAUUAACCCUCAAACCAUGAUGCUCGGCCAAGAACCACGACAAACAACUUCCAAUCUUGGUCAUCUCAAUAAACCGUCAAUUCAAGCACUGAUCCAUGGGCUAAACAGACACUACUAUUCAAUAGCUAUUAAUUACAGGAAGAACGAACUUGAAGAGAAGAUGCUAUUGAAUCUCCACAAGAAGAAGUGGACUGAUGGAUUGAAACUUGAACGGUUUGAUGCCCAUUCAAAAACCAAUGAGCAGACUGUCCAGGAGAUGCUGACUCUAGCCAUCAAAUAUAACAAAGCGGUUCAGGAAGAGGACAAACUAUCUUCAGAGAAGUUAGCUAUUGCGAAUGUGGGACGGCAGGAUGCGAAGAAACAUCUUGAAGAGCAUGUCUCGAAUCUCAUGUCAUCCAACAUCAUUCAGACGCUUGGUACAAUGCUCGACACCGUCUCGUUCUAGAAUCUAGUCUGUGUUUUCUGUUUUGGCAGUUGGUACAUUGAUUAACCAAUUUCUUGUAAACGAUUCGAGGGAAAAGAAACAACUUUUACAGUUUUUUCUUAACCAACUAUUGUUUUCAUUAUCUUGAUGUUUGGUGCA